AUGGCAAAAAUUGCAAGAUCUUUUAGAGGCUUUUUAGAACCAUCAAAAACUGUUUUUAUUUUAUGUGAUAUUCAAGAAAAAUUUCGGCCUGUAAUGAAGCACUUUGAUCAAGCGAUUCAAACUUCUAACAAGCUAAUAAAGUCUGCUCAAGCAUUAAAAAUUCCCUUGUUAUGCACUGAGCAAAAUCCAAGUGCUUUGGGAAAUACAGCUUCUGGAAUUGAUAUAAGCUAUGCUUCUGCAGUUAUUCCAAAAACGUCUUUUAGCAUGUGUUGCGUUCCAGAACUAAAACAGAAAUUAAAUGAACUGGGCGAAGAAAAAAUUGACACAAUUGUAAUAUUUGGGCUAGAAGCACAUAUUUGUGUUGAACAAUCUGUUAUGGAUUUUACUGAAGAAGGGUAUCAUGUUCAUGUGGUUGCAGACGCAACUAUAUCCAGAUCCCAAGAAGAUCGAAUGCUGGCUUUAAAGAGAAUGCAGAACAUGGGGGCCAUAAUUACUACCAGUGAAAAUGUUAUAUUUAAAUUGGUUAAAGAUGCUAGCAAACCUGAAUUUAAAUCAAUAUUGGGCCUUGUUAAGGUUGUAAGCCCUGAAACUGGAUUAGUAUCCAAAAUUUAAGUUGAGAAGUAAUUUGUGAAAAACAUGUUCAACUUUUUUUUUCAGCACAUCUAAAGUUUAUAUUAAUAUAUUUUAUA